UCCCCAGUCGUUAUCCGAACUCCGACUCGACAAGACCAAAAAAAUAUAUUUGAGCUCAAUAGUUUAAAAUUUCGAACAAAGUCAAGACCACAAAAUUUUCAUAUAAAAUUUAUCGUUGAAAAUAACUUUUCGUUCCGCUCUUUCUUUUCGUUCGUUUUUUGUUUGAAGAUAUAAAAUAUAUAUUAGAUUUAACGGCGUACGGACUCACUGCGUUACAAUGCAACGUUCGAUUUUCAAGAGUAGCUGUUCCAGGACACUGGUCCUGCUUAACUACCUUAAGUCCACACACCACAAGAGCCUGCACGUGGAGCAGCUGAUGGAGGCAGCUCCUACGCCCAAAAACUGCUGUCUGGAUCUGCUGGGUCGCUUGCUCCAUGGCCGAUUGAGUCUUCUGGGCGGUCGGCCUGUCCCGCCCAGAUUCUUACCGCUGUUGGCCGGUGAUCACAGCCUGCACUUUAAUGCGGACGAGGACGCAGAGUUUCGUAAGCGAUUGGCCAUGCAGCUGAAGGAGUUGCGAGAGACCCUGCAGGAAAAACAGGAACUUCGCGAGGGACAGGAGCAGGACUUUCAUGAGCUGGAGCAACAGGACGAGGAGGAGGAUCAGCCGUACGUGCCCAGAUCUCGGGAGAUCUCCAUGGAGGAUCUCACCGACGAGGAGCUUAGCGACGUGCGGGGGCUGCGGAUGAGUGCCAGCCAGGAUGAUGGCAAGUCUGGUAAUUUCGAGCAGCCAGAAACCAGUGAAUUGGAGAGCGAGGAGACGGCGGAUGCUAAGGAUCCCCGGGAGUCCGGGCAGCCGCGGGAGCCUCAAGAUGCCCACGAUAACAUCGAACACGUUCGCGAGGGCGAAAUCGAAGGAGUUUACUGGACGGGCGAGGGCAAACGGAUUGUCACUCAAGCGCCCCAGCGCAAGACGGGCCAUUCGGGAUUCAUCGAUGGCCAUGGCGAGGAGAUUCCCCAGGAGGACUCCAAGCAAGAGGUGCCUCCCUAUCACCCUGAGCCCCGGGCCCAGGCCCAUGCCACCUCCAAGGUGGUGAGGAAGGGCCGCAAGCCCAAGUCCUCAACCAAAACCUACACGCCCAGCGAUUCCGACGAAUAACUAAAUUGCCAGUAAAUGAAACCAAAACCCUCGAGCUGGGAUCGCUAAAAUAAAUACAAAAGGCUAAAAACAAAA